CCUUUAUUACCUCCCUUCUCCCACCCAAGCAGAUCUGAUACCACUGUCAGUGUUAUCUCCCCUGACCAACUGUUGGAUCAGAAAGAGCUGAGCCAGUUGAGCACAGGAAUCCGCAACUACCUGGAGCAAUGGCCUUACAACGUGCUAGAGUAUCUGCCUCGAACCAUCCAGGUCUUGGGCACAAGUGUUCAGUAUCUUCUUUACUCGGCUUUGUUAAACGCCAGCCUCAGAAUUUCAGGCACAACACCACAGAUAGAGGAGGACAUCAGAAGAUUCUACACAUGCUGUAGUCUGUCACAAUUUUUGGAACCACUACAGCCAGAGAAAAUGGCAGCCGCUGACUCCAGUGAUGACAGCGACCUCUGGCAGUUUCAACCUGUUGUUGUGGAUAUUGUAUUUGAGCCAGGGCACGGGAUGACCUUUGACAAAAAAUAUGUUUGCAAGUACUGUGCCAGUAUGGCAGAGACCCUAAUUGCCGUGAACUCAACAGACGUGACCAAAAUCAGAGAGCUACUGGAUUCCUUUAAGCUGAAGUUUGUUCGCAAUCUUAACACUUUCAAGAGAUAUUUGAAAAAAGCUGAGAUUGACCAUUAUGCUUUGUACAGAUCUCUGUCAUUUUUGAAAGUGUGUAACUGUGGUGAUCUGCUGUUGAGGUAUGUGAAGUUGGACGCUGGCACGGAGACUCUUCGUGUGAUUGCAGCAUUGGAAACUUUCAUCAGAGAUGUCAACUUGAAACUGCAAUGA